AUGACCUUUGGAGAUGUUAAAUUCGAAAUUUCUCAGGAAUUUCGAAUUAACAUGAACAAUAAGAACAUUGGAACGAUCAUUCCGAUCAAUGAGUACGAGUAUUUUGCAACUACAACUGAUGAAUUAGUCAGAUUUGAUCAAAACGGAAUUAUCACUUCAUAUGACUACCAGUUUAUCACAGUUGUUUAUGUCAAAAAGCUCGAGAUGAUCAUAGGAGUAACAUACAUUGGCUCUGAAUUGGUUUUAAUUGAUUAUAAUAAUCCAGGAAGGCCUUUGUUGUCAGGAAUUAAGCUGAAUUUGGUUAGUAUAUUCCAUAUGAUAUUCUCAGACGCAUCAAAUUCCGUUAUAAUCUUUGGCAGAGGAAUUAAAGUUUUCACAUUGAACGUUUUGAAUCCACAUUACAGGAUUUUGAAGAAACCAGAAGAUUUUUCAUUUACUUUAAGAACUUCGUUCGCAAAUUGGUACGAUACUUCCAUAUUAAAUACUCCUGUUUUUGAUAAUGACAGGGAACUUAUCUUUCUACCAACAAAUAACGGUCUUACAGGCUAUAAUCUUGAUGGAAAACAAUCUACAGUUGUUACAAAGUUACCAAUGCUCAAAAAUUCAUUAUUUGCGUAUUAUCCUGAUUCAAGAAAGGUUUUUACUUUUGAUUCAUCAUCAGGAAGUAUUCUAUGGGACAAAUACUUUAAUGUUGUCUCAAGAUACAACAUAAGUAACGUUAUUUCCAGCCUUCAUUUUGUAAAUAACGAAAAUGUCUUUUAUUUGACGCCAAGAGGAUACAUGAAUAUCCUUAACCUAAAGACACAGAAGUCAUUCGUCCUAAAUACAAUUGAUUACAGCCCAACGAGAAUCUUUAUGUUUAAUAAAUUUCGAAUUCCAACAUUAAUUAUAUGUAAUAACUCUUCAGUAGAGUUCUUUACGAUAAAGAUACCAUGGAAAGUAUGGGCUCGUCACGUUCUACACACAACUUCCAUUGAAAGAGUUCCAUCUUUUAAUUCAGCGGCAAGAAUCAUUGUUUUUACAGAGAAUUCCUUUGCAAAAAUCUAUUCUCCGAAGACUGCUCACAUGCUAACCUCUGCAACUCCUUACCAAUCAAGCCAAAUCAAAAUGGGAUUUUAUGAUCGAGGUUUGAUCGUUUAUUAUUCCGAAAACCAAAGAAUUAUCGAACAAUUGUUAGAUAACGAUAAACGCGAUCAAAUAUUUAUGCUUCUAAAGAACGGAAUUUUGACAUCUUUCUCUACCGGGUCAAGUCCAUGCGACCAGAUCAUGUCCAACAAGAUGAAAUUCGACUUCAUCAUCAGGGCGAAGUAUAAAGGUAAUUGGUGCUACUAUUUCGCUACGAAAGACUGCGAUUUGAACAUUGCCGAUUACAAAACGAUCAGAUUGAUAAGAAGAUACAUUUACGGGUCAAGUAGGACAUUAAUUGAUAUUAAAUAUCUACCUUCCGUUGAUCAGAUCCUUAUGAUUUGCAAAGAUUCUUUGGUAUUAAUUGAAACUAACGAUUGCAAGAUCAUUUCGGAACUAGCGAUGAAUCAACCAACAUUAGUAGCCAUUAAUAGGGAUAUCGCGUACCUCGGUUAUCAAACAGGAGCUAUUUUCUGUGUCACUUUUCGAGAAAACAAAUUAGACUUAUUGAAUUCAGACGUUGGCAAGAAAUAUCAUGAUGAUGCAGUCACAGGAUUCUCUUUCUCUGAGACUUUCUGGGUUACAAGCUCUUUAGACCAAAAAGUCAAAAUAUGGAAUUACGAUUUCAUGAAUAUCGCCACAGUUCAUCUUCCUUUACCCAUUCUGAACUGUUGCGUAUUGAAUGGACGUAGAGAUAUCAUCGUAGCUACUUAUACAGAGAUAAUGAUCUUAAAAGGAAAUUUAUUCUUCAGGGAAGUUGAUGAAGAAGUCCCAGAAAUCGACAAUUUCGAUAAACUUGAAGACAAUCUCGCCGAAUACUGUCUUAUUCCUGGCAAUUUCGAUGAUGAUGAAAAGAAUAAUAACACAACUUCACUUUUGGAGUCAGUUAGAAGCCAAAAGAACUCACCAACACUCAAUACAAGACAGAAUGCCCCUAAUAACUACAAUUGGGAUAACUUCGACAUGUCUUUACUCGAAGAAAAAUCUCCAACUGUAAAAGUAAAAGAAAACGACGACCAAAAGGCAGAAGAAAAUAAUCAGGAACAACAGCAAAGUAGUUCUAAGAAGUCAAAAAAGAAAAAAUACCAAACUUUGUCAACAAUGAGUUCAAAUCUUCCGAAAACUGAAGAAAAUGAUGACAAAAAGAGUAAUUUGAGUGAUAAUGAGAGAUCAGCAAUACUCGCUGAAAUGAGUUCUAUUGAAGAUACUACUUCAAAACAACAAAACAUAAAUAAAAAAGAAGAAAAUUUACAAAACCAAAAAAGUGACAAAGAAUAUUCGGAAACUUAUGAAUAUUCUGAAGAAGAAAACCAACCUAAAAAGCCUCCACCAAAAGCCAAACCGAAAAAGAAGCAAAAUUCCGAAAAUUUACAAAAUUCACAAAAUUUUGAUGUAAAAGAACCCGAAAUUUCAGAUGAUAAGAUUGAUUUUGAUGAUGACGAAGACAAUGAACUGAAUAACAUCCCCAAAGUGAAGAGAGCACCAAGAAAAGGCCCACAAGCUCCAAGUUCUAGACCAAAAAUGAAAACAGAUGAAUCAAAAACUCCAAGAAGAACUAAAAAACAUAAAAACAAUGAUCAAAUACCUCAGCAACAAAAUAAAGAUCAAAACAAUCAAACUGAAACAGAUUUGACAUUAGAUCUUUCCGAUGAAUCUGAAAAUUCCUCAGAUUUUGACGAUAAAAAUUCAAAAAUUCAAUCAAAAAACAAAAGUGAAAAAUCUAAUAAAAAUGACAACAAAUCCAAAAGUGACAAGACUCGUAAAAGUGACAAUCUUGACAAAAGUGACAAAAAUUCUGAGAAAACAAAAAGUCCAAAAAAUUCAAAGAAAAACAAGUCAAAGAAGAAGAAAACAAAGGCACAAGUGAAUGAUAGACUACUAGAACCCAAGCAAAUACCAGAAGAACCUUCUUUUGAGACAAAAACCAUCAAAUAUCACAAAUCUGUUUCAUCUUUGGAGUUAUUCAAAGAACCAGAGAUCCCUGUUAAAGAUGUUAACCCACAUAGGGCACAAACACCACCUUUGGUUAUAAAAUUACAUCCAAAUGAGAAAAAUUUGAGUUCAAGUGUUGUUUUGGACAGAACUAAUGUGAUUGAGAAGUUUGUUUCAGGUAACACAGAGAUGAUUGACCUCCUUGAAGACGCAACAAGGUCUUUUAUUCCAAAAGACGAAAAUGAAAGGAAAAUUUACCAAGAAAACGUCAAAAAACUUCACGAAGUCAUCAAACAAAACGAAGACUUCUUCGAAAUGACAAAACAACAGAAAUCUUUCAAGAAAAAUAAAAAAGAAAAAAUUUUCUCCAAAAAAGUGACACCUCUAAAAUCACCCAAAUCCGAAACAUCUCCAAAACAUCAAACCAGAGCCAAAGAGAAUGUUUCUAAUACUAAAAACCCCAAAAUUCUUCAAGUUCCGAAAAAUGAAAAAAUAAUCUCGGAAAAAGGCAUCAAAAGAAGCAAAUCAGUUGAUAUAGCGACAGUUGCCAAGAAGAAAUCACCGGUUAUGAAGCCAAACCCCGUAAUAAAUCAUUCAAAAUCGGUUACAUCUAUACCAAAACUUCGAAAUCCGAGGGUUAGGUAUGUAAAAACCACCCAAAGGAUGAGGAUUGAAACACGCUAUCAAAGAAAGAACGAUCCCUUAUCAUUAGUAACUGUUUUGAGGACUCCAUCAGAUAAAAAAGAGAGAAAAGUCGAAUACGACACUUCUCUCAUCGAAGAAAGAAGGAACCAGAUCUCUAGAGAAGCCAGCCAAGCAGCAGCAAGCAUUAUAAAGAAUAUGGUCGCUAUGACAAAUAAAAUGGAAAUAUCUGCAAGAGUUGUUGUACACAGACCUACCAAUUUAUCUGUAUUUCCAUUAAAUGACGGUGUAGACCUCUUAGAACUCGCAGUUUGCGAACAUUUACCUGAUGCGUCGCCAAAACCAGUAAAUUCCAUUUACACGCUUUCUCCGAGGAAUAAAAAAAAGCAUGUGCCAAUCUACAUGCAUCACAGAAGUAAAAGUCCAGUUUUGGCUGAGUUGGAACAAGAUCAAAAAAUUAAUUCUUCAAUUGAAGCAAAUAAAUACGAAGUUGUACAGAAGAUUAUCAAGAAACCAUUAUUACCAAGAAUAACAGUACCUGUUGUCAAUCAAUCACCAUUUGACCAUGGAAAAUAA